GUCCGUGACAAAGUAGGCCUGAACGUCGACAUGCGCAUCGGAAUACACACCGGAAACGUGCUGUGUGGCAUCCUCGGUCUUCGCAAGUGGCAGUAUGACGUUUGGUCUGAUGACGUCACACUCGCUAAUCACAUGGAGUCCGGAGGUGUUCCUGGGCGAGUCCACAUCACCCGCGCGACCUUGGCUCAGCUGGACGACAAAUACCAGGUCGAGGCAGGUCACGGCCAUCUCCGUGACCAGUACCUCGCUGAUCAUAAGGUCGAGACGUUUCUGGUGGUCGCGAGCAAGAUUCCCAAACUGAAGUCGACCAGCAAGAUGACGAAGUGCGUGGAGUGUUGGGGAGCAGACACCCCCUUCGCCUCGCUCAAGGAGGGCACGAAGGCCAAGAAUCUCAAACUAACGUGUGUUUCCACGAUCGAGUCAAGUAUUAUGCCCCAGGGACACUUGCUCUUCGACUGCAGUCUUUCAAUUAAGUUAAAUGAUCCUUUCGAAGAGAACUUUUUAGGACUUGGCGAUUAA